AUGAACUGUUCGGGGUGGACAUUUUAUUGGACGAAGAUCUCAAACCGUGGCUUUUGGAGGUCAACAUAUCCCCAUCUCUGCAUUCUGGCACUCCUCUCGACGUUUCCGUCAAGGCGCCGUUGGCAAAGGAUGUCCUCAACAUGGCUGGAAUCUACGUCCCACCCAGCAUGGAAAACUUGGCUACAGCUGAUUACAGUACAAAACCGCGGAACUGGCCAAAAGAGGAAGAACAUGUAC